AUGAGCAACCUCGCUGAUCCUAACAAGAUGGUGCCUUUUGAGCCGACGGAUCUGGACGAUCCAAACCGGUCAAACCGUCGAGUUGCUUACAACUACGGUCUGUGCGAUGAGAACGAAUAUGAUGCACCAGAGGGAGCUGGUGAGGGUGCGCGUGCUCUCAACGAUUGGGCGGCCGACAAGGACCCAGAAAUCCAGGAGGCUGCCAAGUGGGAGAAGCGCAUAAUGAAUGGGCCCCGAGGAAAGGCGAUGCAGGUUUUUGAUUGCCCUGCUUUCGAGGGAGUGUUCGAGUUUUGCACCAUUUCCGCGGGUGGCUCUCUCGGCGCCGCUGAGAAGCUCAACUCUGGACAUGCCGACGUCGCUGUCAACUGGGCUGGCGGCCUGCAUCACGCUAAGAAUGUCCUUGGAAUUCUGGAGUUGCUUCGAAUUCAUCCGCGAGUCCUCUACAUCGACGUCGAUGUCCACCAUGGAGACGGAGUCGAGGAGGCCUUUUACACCACCGACCGUGUCAUGACGUGCUCGUUCCACCGUUUCGGAGAGUUCUUCCCCGGAACUGGAGACGUUCGUGACCGUGGCAUCAAGCGUGGAAAGGGUUACGCUGUCAAUGUCCCAUUGCGUGACGGUAUCACCGAUCAAACGUAUCAGUCUGUCUUCAAGCCCGUCAUUAAGCAGAUUAUUGAAACUUUCCGGCCAGGCGCCAUCGUCCUACAGCUUGGAGCUGACUCUUUGUCGGGAGACAAGCUUGGUGGCUUCAACCUGACGCUGGAGGGACAUGGCGAGUGCGCGCGUUACGUCCGAAGCUUCAAUAUCCCCGUGAUGAUGGUGGGCGGAGGAGGAUACACGAUCAAGAAUGUCUCCAAGGCGUGGACAAAGGAGACCGGUAUCAUGUGUGGUGUCGAGCUUCCAGAAGACUUGCCCUACAACCGUUACCUCGAGUACUUUGGUCCUCGCUACAAGCUCGAGGUCAUGCCCACCAACGUCGAUGACCACAACCCUCCCGAGUAUCUUGAGGCGUUGAAGCGUACAAUUGCCGAGAAUCUGCGUGAGCUGCCGCACGCUCCGAGUGUGCAGAUGCGCGAGGUUCCCAGCAAGCCUAUUUCCCGUGCUAUUGGUCUUUCCAAGGAUGACGACGAGGAUGACCCGGACAACGAGAUCGAUCAGCGCAUCAAGAAAAUCUUCCGCCAAGGCGGUGAUGUCGACUCGGACUCGGACUCUGAUGACGACACUGCCGCUUAUGCACGAGCCAACCGUGCCCGCCGCCAAGGAGGGCUGUCGUUGCGUCCCAAUCCGAGACCUCGCGUCAACGGCUUCCCUUCAUCGAAGCGUCAAGCUUCCUGCUCGCCCGAUGAGGGCGAGGAGCAAGAGGGUCGCAAGAAGCGUAGCUUUUUCUACUCCAAGGCCGGUGACGGGGUUUGGGAUCCGACGUCGUUGCUCAACCCCAACGCCAAGCCGUCGGAUGGCUUGGUGAACGGUGUCAAGCCGAAACUGUUCGGUGGUAUUCCAGAGACCUGGAAUGUCGGUCGCACGAGCCGUGCCGGUAGCCCUGCUAGCGUAGUGUAG